UAGACUAUUGAAACAGAUCUAGAGUCUGACAACUUUAGGAAAUGCUGGUGAAUUGCCAAGGAUGUCCCUCCACACUCCUGCUCAACUUGCAUUUACAGCUCCUGAGGGCCCUGCUGAUUCCCCAGGGAGCUGCAAAGCUGCUGGGCGUGGUUGGGGGGCUGCAAUUUACAAAAUGCUAAAUGAGCCCACUGCCAAGAAGUGCUUGCUCACCCCUCCUUCAACGGCAGGGGGAAUCUCCCUUUCCUUUUAUGGGUGAAGCUGAAGAAAGGAUUCAUAACUGAAGUUUAAUCCUUCUCACCAAACCCAGCCCACACCUCCCAGCAAUUGAACUUGAAAAAAAAAAAAACUCGUUUGAAAAAUUACCACAAACUAUAUUGUCAUCAAAACACACACACACACACUCACUCACACACACACACACACACACAUACACUUCCUAUAUUUGAGAUCAGAGACCAGAGUGCUAGGCACAGUUUCCUGGCUGAACACACCAGUCUAAUACUCACAGGGUACAACUCCUGUCACGGAGACUGGUUGGAACGGCAAAGAUGACAGCCCUGGCGGGUUGAUCUUUUCAUCCCAUAUCCUCCCAGCGUAAUGCAGUAAAGAGGCUGACGGACAACCCAGUAUUCUGCAACAAGACGGCCUCAAGCUGAUUCCCAGCGCCAGGGAGAUGGAGCCACGCUUGCUGCUCUGGGGAUUAGUCACGUUCAUCAUGGUGCCUGGCUUCAGGACAGACUUCUGUGACGAUCCGCCACAGCUCAGCAAAGCCACCUUCAGGGCCCUCGCCUACAAGAUCGGCACCAUGCUAACCUGUGACUGCGAGGCUGGCUUCCGCCGAGUUAAAUACGGGUCAUCCUACAUGCUUUGUACAGGAAACUCCAGCCACUCUUUCUGGGACAACAAAUGUCAAUGCACAAGCAAUUGUAAGUCGUUCCUUUUGUCACGACCUGAGGAAAGGGAACCUGCUGUGAAGACGGAGGCAGAGUCCAGCUUUCAUUCACUCCGUCCUAUAGGCAAAUAGUAGCCUGUUCAGUCUACAGAGUACGUGGUUUCAGUGGUUUCUAGAAUAUUCACCCAUCAAACAAAUAUUUAAUGAGUGUCUACCAGUUCUAACAAUGGUUCUAGGCACUGGGGAUAUAAUCAGCCACGCCCUCAGUGAAUUUAAAUUUCCUUUGGGGUGUAGUUGGGGGUGGGGGUGAUGGACAUUGCACUAAACAAUUAAAAACAACUCUAGCUCACAAU